UUUUAUAGAGUAAAAAGUAGAUCGAUCUACCUACUGUUCAAUUGGAUCGAUCGAAUAUUUUAUAGUGUAAAAAGUGGAUCGAUCGACUUUCUGCAGAAAACAGAUUCAUGCACCAAAUCUCCGAAAAUCUGAUAUUUAAUACCAAAUCUCCCCAAAUCUUCUCCCCAGCCAUUAGAUGCGACCGUUUUGGAGCAAUCUUGGCCGUCCAUUUCACUAUAAAAGGAGCCCAAUCCAUUCCUUCAAUUACACUUCUCAAUUUCUCUCCCAAUCUCUCACAAAAUUCUGUUUCUCUCUCUCUCUCUACUUUGGGUCCAGCAGUGAAGGAAGAAGAAAUCCGAAGUUCUCUCUCUCCCGUAGUGUAUCCUUGUGUGUUCGGUUUAUGAUGUUAAUGAAAGGGAAAAGAAUGAAGAAAACAAAAAGAAGGAACACCUUGUUGCUCUCACGAGUUAUAUCUCUUUUAAAAGGAAAGGAGAAAAAUACUCUGUUUCAUGUGCUACAGCAAGGGUGCAGUUUUAGCCCCUUUUCUAGAAGCCUUUAUCACCAAUUGUAUGGAAACCCUUUUGGAAGCAAAAAGAGGGUUUGAGAACGAAGAGUACCAGGACUAUCCAGAUGCUUAGAUGGAUCUGAGUAGCAGUCUUUUCCUGUGUUGUGGUCUCUUGGAUGUGAUAGACUACCCUUCUUAGUUUAUCAUUCCAUGCACUAGUGUCAAACUCUUUUUAUAUGUCUCUUCAAUGCUAUGAUAUUUUGGUAUUACUAAUACUUUAUUGAGUGUCGCUUGUGGCACGUAUGUUAUUAUUCGAGAUGUAUUUAUAGUAUCAGAACAAAGAUUAUUAUUUUAUAUAUUGAGGUUAUUCAGUCA